UUGGUGAAACGUCAACAAUCAAAACAAAAACAAAAAUUUGUUUUUAACUGUGCGAUUUAAUUUUUGGUCAGAUUAUUUUGUGUAAAUUUUCGCGAAAAUAUAAUGUCGAACACCCAGAAACCGGUUGGAAAUAUUCUGUCGAACAUAAGUCCACCUUCGGAGCUACCGAGCUUCGUCACAGCAGUUGUGCCGCAACAAACAGAUGUUCCUACGGAAUCUACGCAACAGCAAUCGACAAUGGACGAAGAGCAAUCACCAAAACGGAAUGCGGAAUCCGAUCCGUUCAUUCCAACCACUUUCAGUCCGGCUAUCCCGUCGAGUAAGGGUACCGGUACGGUAGCUGAUGCCGCCGAACCAGAGUCUACAGAAAAGGCGGAUGGAGGCUCAAGGAUGGGCAAGGACUUUGCCAGUAUGGUCCUGAAUCCGGAACCACUGGCGGAGGCUUUAAGUCCCAUCACGCAGGGAGGGUCGGCAUUAUUCGGAUGGAUGAAGGGUGCCGUAAGUAAUAACGGGAUUUUGCAUAAGGUAGCGGAAAAAGCUAAAAGUUCAGUCGAUACGAUUGUCACAACUUUGGAUCCCCAGAUGAAAGAGUAUAUCAAUUCUGGAGGCGAUACAGAGGUGAUUGUGGCAUCAGAUAAGGACGAUAAAGUGCGACCGAUUAGAGAAGCGUUUCAGACGGUGUUUGGCAAAGCUACAGUCAUAGGAUUGUCAUCUCAAGCGGCAGGAAUCGCUGCUCAACCAGUAGGAUUUGAAGCCGGGUUGAAGGGAGCCGAACACAGAAUCAAUGGAAUACGGGCUGAAAAUCCAAGGGUAGAUGACCAUCUGCCUGUAGUUGCAGUUGAAAACUUUUUGGUUGAGUUGUUCCCAGAGCAAUGGUUUGAAGCCAGUGUUAUCGUGCUGUUCGAUUACGCUAAGAACAUUUUACUGAAAACUGUCACGCAAAUGACACCGAUUCCACUGCCUAUCGUAACCUCAAUUCGGGCCGACACACCGGAAGAAUAUGAAUUUAGAGACACAGGAUUUGCAGUUACUAUUGGCAGCGUAAUGGCAAAGAAUUUGAAUACACCCCACACGGAAUGGCACAAAACGUAUACAUCGAUAAGUCGCUCAGAUACGAUCCUAAGUGCAGCAAAAAUAGUUGCUACGCUCUACAAGAAAGCUGUCGAAGAAUAUGCAUCUUCCAUGGGCGCCCCAAUGAGUUCAACCGAAUAAGAUUUGUUGAAAGCCAGCUUGUCGACAGGGUGUAGAUGUGGACACUACUAAAGAGAAUGCUGGUUCCAUCAAUAAGAGAAGGAUUUCCACACUCCCUAGUUGGGAGCUUCACGGAACGAAUGAAGGAGGGCGAGUGAAUGCCACAGAACUGGCUGCAGUUAACACAGGGCACAUUUCGAUCAACAAUAUGGGGGGUCAUCGUUAACUCUAUUGAAAUAUUGCUGUAUUUACUGGUUUGCUUGACCUUAUAGACACAAAGCGACGCGUAUUACCAAGAAUGAAAUUUAUGCAUACAAUAUACUUAGCUAUCGAUAAUUUUUUACAUCGUCAGAUGAAUAUCAUUUUUAUUACUGUUAGUUUAACUAGAAAUAUUGAUUCUAAUAAAG